AUGGCCAGAUGUCGCGACGCCUACGGUCGAUACUACCGUUGCCGCUCGACAUGGUCGAGCUGGGGUAGAUGGCUUGCGCUUGCUCUGAUCAUCUUCGGAGCAUUCCUACUUUUCUUCCUCUUCGCUUGCAUUACUGCCCGCCGAAGACGUCGCAUGGGGGCACGGCCUUUAUAUGGCACUGGAUGGGCUGGUCGAACCCCCUGGAACCGUCCUGCGGCAAACUACAAUCCCAACUACCAGAACCAGCCGCCGCCGCCGCCGCAAUAUAACCAGACUCAAAACUAUGGAGGCUAUUACGGGCAAAACCAAGGAUAUUUCGGCGGAAGACAGACCGAUGUUGAGAUGCAGCCACCACCAAACACCUAUCAAGGAGGAGAAAAUGUCUAUCAGCCACCUCCCGGCCCGCCGCCCGCGAAGAAUUAA